AUGAGGAUCCUGAUAACAUCUGACAAUCAUCUUGGAUUUAAGGAGAAUGACCCAAUAAGAGGGGACGAUAGCUAUCGUGCGUUUGAGGAGAUACUGAUGAUUGCAAAUGAAAAGAAAGUUGACAUGAUAUUGCAGGGAGGAGAUCUAUUCCACGAUAACAGACCAUCGCGAGGAUGUCUCAGCAAAACGGUUGGCCUUUUUAGAAAGUAUUGUUUUGGAGAGAAGCGAUCUGAGCUUAAGUCUAAUGUGCGUUUGAAUACAGAGGAUCCAAGCAUCAGCGUAUCUAUCCCUGUUGUGAUUAUUCACGGGAACCACGAUGAUCCAAGCGGAGUUGACAUGGUUUCACCGAUUGAUAUAUUAGAGAGUGCAAAGCUUGUGAAUUAUAUAGGAAAGCACGGGCGCCUGGAUGUUAUAGAAAUAGUACCAUUGCUGAUGGAGAAGGAAGGGAAGGUGGCGGUGUAUGGAUUAGGCCAUAUUAAGGAGAGGAGAUUGUACAAGAUGUUUGCUGAAGGGAAAGUUUUGUUUCAGAAGCCAGCUGAUGAUGAAGGAUGGUAUAAUAUUCUUGUUGUGCAUCAGAACAGAGUUGUAAGGGAGAAGGGGCAGAUUAGUGAGAAGCUUGAGGAAGGGUUUUUUGAUCUUAUAGUGUAUGGGCAUGAGCAUGAGAGUUUGAUAAGCAAGUGCAAGGGGAGAAGUAUGGUGAUACAGCCGGGAUCUACUGUAAGAACAUCGUUUCUUGAAGCAGAAUGUUAUGACAAAUAUAUAUAUGUGUUGGAUGUUGAUAGGGAUGUGGCAGUAGAGCAAAUAAAGCUGCGUAGUGUAAGGCCGCUGGCGAUUGGGAAUUUGAAGAUCGAAGGAAAGCAGAAUGCAGAGGAAAUUGUGGAGGCGAAAGUGAAGCAAAUGCUUGGCAGGCUAGGCAAUGACGAUCGGUGUGCAGAAAGCAAGGUUUAUAGAGAAGAAAGUGCAAAAAGAAGUAGAUAUGAGGGAUUUGAACCAAAUAGGAUCGCGAUUGUAAGGAGCAUCUCUUUGAUUGAGAAGGACGGAUCAUCUGGCGCUGUGAAUGAUUUUCCGCUUGUAAGAUUAAGGGUUGAGAUUGGCGAAGGAUGUGUGGUGAAUAGACAUAAGGUGAGCGAUUUGCUGAGGAACAUGAUUGCGAAUCCUCAAGAUGCAAUAAGUUUGGUUAGAAAGUCUCGAGAUGGUAAUGAAUCAAAGGUACAUGCAAGAGGAGAGAAGAUUGGGAUAGCACAAAUACUUGAGGAUUGUCUCAAGAAUGUGGAGUUUGGUAUACUCAGCAAAUCAAGGUUUUGUGAAAGCUUAGAUGACUUUGUGAAAGGAGACAGGGAGGCAUUUGGCACGAUGAUUAGGAAUGGAAUUGAAAGGAUUGUGGGUCUGGUUGAUUAUUCUUCUGUUAUGAGUGAGGAUUUAGAGUCUGUGAUGAAGAAAAUCAGUCAAGAGCAGGACAAGAACAUAGUGAUUGAUAGCUUAAAUGAUGAGCCUAGACAAAGCGAGGAUAGAAGUAUAAUUGAUCCUGAUGAAUGCAAAUGGAUAUCUGGAGUUGAAGUAGGGAAGACUGGCGAGGAGUGCUUGAGAAGGGAAAUAAAGAAGGAUAGGGAUGAGUCAGGUACAGAUGGAUCGUUUUCGUUUUCCAAGUAUGGUUAA